UAUAGGAGUAUGUGCCAUUUGAUUAUCGCCCGUGGCAGUGAGCUCCAUUUGCGACUGUGUUUCCGAGAUUUCCGCCGAAGACACGAGUAUCUUCACAAGCGAACGGUACUUUCACCCAUAUAUUAUGAGCCAGCCCAGCCGCAGGUCAAGAAACAUGGAGGACCAUUCCGAGCUAGAUGCUGCUGGAACGUCCGUAAGAGGUGCACGCCCAGUGGAUCAUCGUCAUCGUCCUCCAGUCCAAGGCAACGAACAUGUCUCUGAAGACUACGUGAAGCAUGUGGAGAUGCGGCUUCAGAGCGUGCUCCUCCCAAAAUAUGUCACUGAUGAGUCGGAACAACCACCAACAAUCUACAAGGUUCCCCAAGAGAUCAAAGGUGGUAACGAGGAUGCUUACCUCCCCUUUGCUGUUGAAAUUGGCCCAUUUCCGCACUACGAAGUAGCCAAGAGAAACAAGGGCUACUUCUACCAUCAGUACGAACAACUGCAGGAGUACAAAUGGCAUUGUGUUCGCCGGCUCAUUGGCAGACACCACCUUCUCCAGGAGCCUGAGAGGACGCCAGUGCUCCUUCACCGGUGCCUCAACUCUUUGAGGAGCCUAGAGCCACGGAUCCGAGCAUCCUACCAAAUGGAUUCUUCCACGCGAGCUUAUGCCUCAGUGACCUACCGGCAGCACCUGGCUCUCAACAUGUUGCUAGAUGGAUGCUUCAUCCUUCAACGCCUUCUCAAGUACGCGCACAUUGCGAAAAGAGAGGAGGCGGAAGCAAAGGCAAGUAGCAAAGAGGAUGAGGAAGAGGAUGAUGAUUGGACCCAGGUGUUCGGCAGGUGCUGGGUCUGGAGUUUGGUCACAUCCGACCUGCUGCUGCUCGAGAACCAGAUCCCUUUCUUCGUCCUGCAAAGCUUGUUCCAUGACCUUCGGACAGACCCAGACCAGAGCAGCGACAUCCUCAUCGCCGGCGCCCUCCGCCUGUUCCGCUCCCUCCGGCCACAGCCACUGCCACUGCCCUCUUCCGACAUCUCCCCCAGCAAUGUGCACCACCUGCUACACCUCUUCUACCUCUCUGUUGGCCUGCUUCCAGGCCCAGCCAUGGCGCCGCCAGAGCCUGACAGCCUGCGCAGGUACAGGACGCCGCCGUCGGAGCUCUCCCAGUGGAUGCCAUGCGCAAGGGAGCUGGAGGAGGCUGGCGUCAAGAUCAAGGCUAGAAAAGGUGUAUCGAGCUUCCUCGACGUGAGGUUCGACGCCGGUGUCCUGGAGAUCCCAGUGCUGCAGUUGUAUGACAACAGCGAGCACGUGCUGCGCAACCUGAUCGCCUUCGAGCAGACCUAUCCGCUCACGCCGGGCCAUGUCACCGCCUACGCCAUUUUCAUGGACUGCCUCGUGGCCUCAUCGGAGGACAUGCGGCUGCUGCAACUCAGAGGCGUGUUGAUGAACCAGAUCAACGGCGUGCGGGAUCAGGACAAGGACGACGCAGCGGCCGGGUUCUUCAGCGGCCUCUGCCAUGGGGUCCAAAAGUCCAGCGACCGCAACUACCUCGCCGGCAUCAUCGCGGAGGUGAAUAAGUACCAACAAGGAAGAUGGCCCCGUUGGCGAACCGCCCUGGUGCGCAACUACUUCAGCAACCCAUGGGUGGCCACGUCGCUAGCUGCCGCUGUGUUCCUGCUCGCCCUCACCUUUAUGCAAACCUUCUUUGCUGCCUAUUCUUACUUCAAGCCGCCCCAUUGAGUCCUUCUUCGACCCUGUUUGGUGGAUGUUGUUUUACUGUUGUCACGCCAUGCAUCUUGGUAUUUGGCUGAGAUACAUACUACUGUGUGUUGUGUGCUGCGGCUUUUCAGUGAAAUAUAUAUAUCGCAAUGCAGACCUGAUAUCGCAAUAAGCUAGGAUGCAAUGCAGACUUGAUAUCGCAAUAAGCUAGGAUGCAAUGCAGACCUGAUAUCUUGGUUUUUCAGCAUAAUAUAAGCUAGGCACAUUCCUGC